CAAGGGAGAUGAUCCGUUGUUUGGCGGUGUUUUUCAGGCCGGAAGUAGUACAGGAGUUUCGACAGACGACACAGUUGCCGACAAAAUGAACACGUUUCUUUCACGUUUAAACACAAUCUUCGCGUUCACUCUGAGCGUGAUGGCAGUUUUGACUUUCUGCUGUUUUUUAACGACUGCCUUUAAUGACAGCAAGCGCCCUGUCGAAAUUGGCACAGCAAAAGUAACAGUAAAGAAUGUACCAGACUAUUCAGCAGAUAGAGAGCGCAGUGAUCUUGGAUUUGUUGUAUUUGAUUUAUCUGCAGAUUUGACUCCUCUGUUCAAUUGGAAUGUCAAACAGCUCUUUUUGUACCUGACAGCAGAAUACAAGACUGAGGAUCAUCCACUCAACCAGGUGGUAUUGUGGGACAAGAUUAUUGUGCGAGGAGAAAAUGCCAUUCUGAACCUAAAGAAUGCUAACACGAAAUAUUACUUUUGGGAUUAUGGCAACGGUCUUAAGGGAAACAACAAUGUGACCAUCACAUUAUCCUGGAAUGUCAUUCCUAAUGCUGGAACUUUGCCAAAGGUUGCUGGUGAUGGUCGACACAGGAUACAGUUCCCAAAUGAAUAUUCUUCAGGAAGAUUUUAGGAAUAAAAGCGUUUUCUUUUUUUUUAAGCCUAAUUUGGUGGUUGUCUUGAUUUAAGUGGAGAAGUACAGGUGCCACUGAGAUGUCUGGUUUUGGAAGUUUGGUUGGAAAUGUAUGUUUUCAAAAUAUUGAAUUUAUAUUUAUUUCUAAUUUUGUGGGGGUUUUUCUUUUUCUUUGAAAGUUGCUUAAGAGAAACUGAAAUGUUUAAAAAGUGUUGUUAUGAGUGAGUGACAUGAAAAAAUAUUUCCUUUGAAAUGUACACAUUUGUUUUUUGAAGUUUGUAUGUGUGCGUGAACCAGUUAUAAGACUGAUACAAGUCUUCACUUGCUAAACCUGCUUCUGAUCCUCCCAUGAUUCAUAAUCAUAGUUUGCUCUGCAUUUACUAGAUAUACAGCAGCAGAGAGAAUGAAUGAAUAGUUGGAUUAUUUUAAUAGUCAAUUUUUAGUGGUGAGAUUAUGAAUGGACUUGCAGACAGUACUGAUAUACAUACCAACAUAUGCAAGUUAUUAAAUUGUGAUGUGAUCAGCAAUGUGAUGCCACAGAAUACUAACAGCUCUUAUUAUUCCCAAGAAAUGCUGCAGAAUUAACUGUGUGUAGAUAUAAAUACACAGGGUGAAGGCUAAUAGUAGGCUAACUUUGUGAAUAACACAGAACCAUUGUACAUGAUUCCAUGUAGCUUUAUUGCAAGUGUACAGUACAACCCUUCAGGAAGGAGCAUUCUUAAAUCAUUCUUGCAUCAUCACUUUCUCUUUGCCCUGGACUCUUGCAAUAUAUUGAAUCUUGCACCUAGCCUUACUAUGGUGAAAGAUAUUAGAAUACUGAAUAUUGUCUUCAUGCAUAGACAUCCUUAAGCUUCAGUCAGGUAAUUAACAAUGGUCAAUUUUAUUAUGUUUCAUUAGGCACAGAAUGCUAGACUGAAAAGUGUUAUUUCUUAACAAUGCCUUUUUUUUUUUUUUUUUUUUUUUUUGGUUGGGGGAGGGCAUGAAAAAACCUCCAAUCUAGCUGCAUUUUAUUAAUUUUAAAAUGAUUGGACUUACUACAAGAUGCUAAGUCAUCAAAUAUAGUCAGAGGAACUCAUCCACUACGCAAAUCCCAAGUGACUUGUAGACUGUUGCUGAAGGUGUAUAUUUGGCAGUGUUGACAUGAGAAAAGACAGCACAUAGGAAGAUCCCGCACAAAUAUGUGCAUGAAGGAAAUUUCGCCCUACAACCUCAUUAAAGACUGCAGUCACUUUAAACUUAUGGUGGGUAUAUUAAAACAAAAAUGCACAACUAUUUAUAUAAGUAAACCAUAUUUUCACCUUGCUGCAAACUCCUACCAAUUCCAAGCCUUACUCUCAUUAAAAAUGAUGUCAAACCCUGUUA